AUGCCUGUGAUCUAUGCUCUCGGAUCCAACGGGUCGGGUCAGCUUGGAAUUGGACAUAAAGAAGACGUCUCGGUCCCUAAGCAGGUCCUUUUCCAUCCCGACACUACUAUCUCCCACGCCACUCAAGUCAGAGCUGGAGGAAACCAUACGCUACUGCUAGCAUCUGGAAAUCUUUACUGCUCUGGAGAUUAUACUACUGGCGCAUGCGGUCUUCUACCGACCCAGAAAGUCCUAGACGCCCAUUUUCAUCAAGUGCGGCUCGAAACUGAAGAAACCAAGCCUGAGGUCGUUUUAUGUGCUGCAACAUGGGAAGCAUCUAUUAUCGUCCAACGAGGUGAAGAUGACCGUGCUACGAAGGUAUUCUCGUUUGGAAUUGGAAACAAGGGGGAGCUUGGUCUGGGACAGCUUCUAUUUCGUUCAUCAAAAGCGCAGCUGAUCAAAGAAUUUCCACCGGAAGGUCUCGAAGUCGUAGAUCUGGCAGCUUCAGUAAGCCAUGUUGUUGCUGUUCUGAGCAAUGGAGAUGUCUAUGGAUGGGGGAGUGGACGAAAAGGUCAGAUAAGUCAACCUGAAGGCAUUGUCUACGAACCGCGGAAGUUUACUGGACUGGAUUUCAAGGUUGUUCGAGCAGUUUGUGGCCGAGAAUUCACAUACCUGCUUGGUGAGCCUGAGACUGGGAAACAUGUUGUUCUGGGGUCCGACAAGUGGCAUAUUAGAUCUUCGGCACCACAAGCUGUUCCUGGGUGGAAAGAUGUCGGUGCGACCUGGGGCAGCAUAUUUCUCUUGCAACAGGACGGAACCUUACACUUUUGGGGACGAGAUGAUCAUGGACAGCUGCCUCCUUCCGAGCUCCCACCACUAUCACAAAUUUCAGUUGGCAGUGAGCAUGCGUUGGGACUCACAAAUGAUGGAAAGGUUCUCGCCUGGGGUUGGGGUGAGCAUGGCAACUGCGGACCAAGUACCACGAACGGAGACGUCAAGGGCAGGUGGAAUAUCAUUGCUUCUUCACAAUAUCUACCACCUGGCAGUAAAAUAUCUAGUAUCGGAGCGGGAUGCGCUUCUAGUUGGGUUUGUAUCACUAGCUGA